GGCUCCGAGUCAGGUGGCUUCGUGAGAGGGCUGGACUCGCCAAGGGCUCGUGUAUUAAUGGGCCGGGGAGGUGUGCGGUGUGCAGUGUGUCUGUGCGCCUCCCGUGCCCAUAUAUAUAUAUAGGGGCCACGCUGACAGAGGCACAGUGCAAGACUCGGCGUCAGAGGAAGCCUCGAGACUCGGAGUGCGCGCAGGCAGCCGUUGGACACCAUGAGGAUCCUGAUGUGCUGCAUGUUUUCCUUCGGCUUGCUCGCCUACGCGCUCGGGGACUGCCGGAAGGACUGCCUCAGCUGCCACAGACACUUGCAUGGCCGCCAGGAUGACUUCAGCCUCCUCAUCUGCGUCAUGGAGUGUGAGGGAAAGCUGUCGUCCAGGGCCACCUGGGGUCUGUGCAGCAAAGCGACCAGUGGUAGGAAGGCUUCCUUGCCCCUUGGCUUUGAGAGCUGGGAGGAAGAAGCCAGCCCUGCCUUGGAAUUAUGGGAUGGCAACCUGCGAAGAGGGAAAAAGAGCCUCAGGCGCUUCGGCGACCUGACCCGAGUGGUGGAUCUCAGCAAGGUGGAAGAGGGACAGCAGGUGUCCAAGGCAAGGGGUCUAAUCCGUCAACCAGAGGCAGAAGAAGACACCAGCCAUGGAAGCCCAGACCUGCUUGGGGACUUCCUGGGGGGUAGCCCUUUCGGUUACGGUGAGCAGCGGGCAGAUCCGGGCGUGCAGGAGCUCCAGAAGCGAUUUGGAGGUUUCAUCGGCGUCCGGAAAUCUGCUCGCAAAUGGCACAACCAGAAGAGGUUCAGCGAAUUCCUCAAGCAGUACCUGGGGAUGUCCCCGCGUUCGGUGGACUACGAAGGCAUGGUGGACGACCUGAAAGAACAGAAUGAAAUCUAGACAGAUCGACUUCCUCCGGGCGGUCGCUGUUGUGGUGUGUACCACCAUCAUGUUGUGAAUUGGUUUCAGAUCAGCCAUGGCGAACGACGUCCAACCCACUCGCCCGCCCGCCCUGCUUCUUUUCCGCCAAAGCCCUCUUCAGCCUUCCUGGCCUUCGGCGUGAGAACCAACCCGCUCUCGUCCAUCCACAUGGAAGUCCAGAGGUUCCCUGGAAAAUAAAACCCCAAAGCCUUUUGUGUAAUAAUGUUUCACAGUUUUUCUAGGCAGGCCCUAAUAAAAUGUCUUGGAAGUGAAAUGGCGUUGGAUCCAGCGAGGCUAAAUCCAGGGUGGUCCAUUUAUAGGGUGUCCAGAAUGAAGGAGAGGCGCCUGUUCCACCAGGAGGACGGAAGAGAUAGAAUUCUGGAUUUAAGGUCUUCAAGCACCGAGUUUGGGAUGGGUGGGUGGGAAGUUCAUGUUUUUUAAUACAUUGAUUCUAUGUUCUACUUUAUAUAUUUUACCACUCAUCGUUGUGUUUUAUUGUUACUGUGAACCAGGCUGUGUAACGUGUGGUCCUCUCGGCUCCUCCGGGGCUCUGAGCACCCCCCCUAGGCCCACAUUUUUACAAAAAUAAAUAAACAAACAAACCAAUCAUCGUUUGCUCAAAACACACUUCAUCCCGUUUUGAACCUGAUCUCUCCCGGGCGCUUCUUUCUGGCCGGUGGCGGCGGCUGCAGUCACACUGGCAAUAAGAACCACAUUGAAGCAUCAUUUCGAUUUUGUGGGUCUUACGCAGCGUAAGGGUGAAGUCAAUUUAUGCAGGCUGCAAAGCAGGGCGGUUCCCCCCUCCUUGACUG